AAUAAAGCUGCACUUUUCGUCACAUCAUCACAUGACGCAAAAAUAUUUUUUUCUAUACUGUUACUGUUUUCUAUCAAAAUACUUUAUUAUCUGUAACACUGGAAGUCAAACGUCAAAAACAGCAACAAUUUUCGCUGUGUAUCUUCCCAUGUAACGAGUUUUUGAUAAUUAUUAUUUUUCGUUUUGUUUAGUUUGUCUAGAAUUUAAUGUAAAUAUAAAUUCUUAACAUUUGCAACAUGAUUGAGGAAAAUAUAACAGUGAGCGAUAACUCGGAUUUAGAGGAUGGCGGAAAUCCAGAACUUCGCGGAUACCUGAGUAAAUGGACAAAUUACAUUCACGGUUGGCAGGACAGGUUUAUUGUUUUGAAGGAUUCUACUUUAUCGUACUACAAGAGUGAAGUGGAGAGUAAUCUUGGAUGCCGUGGUGCCUUAUGCCUGAAGAAAGCCAAAGUCAAGCCUCAUGAAUUUGAUGACUGCAGAUUUGAUGUGUCAGUAAAUGAUUGUGUCUGGUACUUGAGAGCGACUAGUCCCGAAGAAAAACAGCAAUGGAUUGAUGUUUUGGAAUCAUUCAAAGUGGACAAUAAUGUUAAUAAUAAAGACAAAAACAACAUCACAAUACGAAUAGCAAGAGUACCAACAGAUCAAGUGGAAUCAGGUUAUGGGACAAGCUCGGACAGCAGUUCUAAUGGAGGAGGCUUGCGAAGACAUGGCUCUGUUACUUCUUUGCAGUCAACUGGCUCUCAUGGCCGUACAACUCGUCGUCUCGCCGAGAAGAUCGCAGAGCUGGACACAUACAACGAACUGCUUUCGAAGCAAGCCAUCCAGUUGCAACAAUACUUCGAUAUGUGCGUCGCUGCUUACCCGCAGAUCAACGAUGAUGCCUCCGAAGCCAUUGAUGCUGUUAAAUUGGCUGAUGGUAACGACCUAAACUUGCACGUGGGCGAGGUGCGGGCAACGAGUGCUUCAUUCCGCGCAACGUGUGGCGCCACCAUCGCUACACUGCAGCAUUGCGCUGAACUGCUCCGGCGCAGGGAGAAACAAGCUAGACAGGCUGAGGAACUGUACAUGGCCUUGAAGAAUCAGCUGACAGAAGCAAGGCUGGCAUCGAAACCAGGGCCAGAUCACGAGGAGGGUCCUCACUCCACACUGCCAGACGACGAGUUUUACGAUGCAGUGGAGACAGGGUUCGACAAGAUGGAGGAGGAGCGGUGUGCACGCGUGGUGCCGCCUAGCGUCCACACGAGGGACCAGGUCGAGUUGCCACCGCCGGCCAUUGACAACAGACUUACCGUGCAUCCUUUGUGGCCUGAGGGAGAUGGAGGUGGACGGCAUGGUGACGGACCCGCUGAAGGCAAUGCACAAGUAAACCCAGGAGGCUGGGCCCCGGCCGGCGUGCUGCGCGCAGUAUACAAGCGCGAGUAUCCCAAAUUCCUGAAGCGGUUCACCAGCUACGUGGUGGAGCAGUGCCGCGGCAAGCCCAUCGCCAUCUAGCGGCAACUGCACGCAACAUGGCGCUACACGUGACUUAUACAACACGUACACGCACUACUACGCGUACCUUCGAAUAAUUUAUACUUCUCAGUCAAACGCCUGACUUCUUCUAUCUCUUCGUCGGAACUGAGAACUAUUCAUACCGAAGUGUAGUGCAAUUAGACGUUAAAUAGGUGUUAUAUAAUGUUAAAGGUUUUAUUCAGGGUGGAGUUAGGAUUCCCGUUUCAUUGUACUCCGUUAAAUUAUACUUUCUUAUCGAUCUCCGUACCGUCCCGGUCUGGCAUUCACACAAAACUGCUGGAACAUUUUUCGUUUUGAAAACAGACUCGGGCCAGCAGUUCGAAUUGAGAUUCUUUUUUACUGUCAUUUUAUGAGACGAGAGAGAUAACGUCAUACGUCAGCUGUGCGUUAGACAGAGAGCAAACGUCGUGUCCGCCUGUUAUACGCUAAAUAUCUUGUUCAUUUAACAUCUUAUCUAACAGUACUUGUGUAUAAAAAGAUUGAAAUAAUCGUGCUGGAUAAGAUUUCGUUGCGAAACACGUAUAUGAUCAAAAUAUUUUCAAUCGGUGUUCGCAUAAAUGUUUAACUUCUACGUUAUUUCUGUCUAUAUGUAGAACGCUUUCGAUAAUCGACAAUAAAUUCGUGUCGAAUGUAUAGUUCUCAUUAAAAAAAUGUAAAUUGUACUUUAAUGUGUAAUUAGAACACUCUGUAUGAUAUAAUAUAUGUACCUACUAUGUCGUUGGGUGUUAUGGUAAUACGAUAAAAUUUAUACAACGUAAUUCUAUAAAUAAAAUGUAUUCAUUAUAACGAAUCUAUAUUUAUAUGGGAGCUGAAGUUUUCUUACUCACUAGAUGGCCCAAAUGUAGAAGGGGUUUUUUGUCCAAUCACAGCUGUCAAAUAUUGAACGUCCAAUGGUGUAAUACUAGCUAAUUCCCUAUUGGACGAAGAACGGGUUCACACUAGUGCCAUCUAGUGAACGCGGUUGGCACCAUUGCUCUAAAUUAAAAGCGAUGUUGUGAAAAGAUAUUUGUAAAGCACUUUUGACUGCUAUUUGUUCGUUCAUUUUCUUCGAUUAAAUAACACGGUAUUGGUAAGGCUGUACACUUAACUGUAGUGAGUAUUGAAGCUUUUAUUGUGAAAAUAUAUGAGAGAAUAAUACUUCGACUGUAUAUUGAUAGUGUACAUGCAUAAAACAUAGGAUAUGAGAACUGUUGAAAGAACCAAGUAAGAGUGACACUCAAGCUUAGUUUUCUUACCGACUGCUGUAAAACUUAUCUGUAAAAGUCUUUGUAAAUACUUACACGUCGGAUGGGUACUGUAGAUAAUAUUUCUUCAAUUCACAAAUUGUAAAACAAGGAAUCUCUAGCGAAAAUUCUUUUCGAUGCGCGUGCAAGUACCUGACGUAGUGUCACGCCGAUAUGAACCUUAUGGCUGAACAAUGUUAUACUAAUUAUUGAAAAGAUUUUAUAGCAAGCAUGUUUUUGUCUACGGAAGAUUAGUACUUAUCUUUUAUAGAAGGACUUGGAAUGUUUUUGAUGAAGAGGGUAAUAUUCGGGUGGUGAUAGUUGGAUGUGUUCAGUUAGAUAGUUCGCGAAAGAAAACAUGUACUUUUGCACUUUCUGGGCUGUGAACUCGGAGAAGCGAGCCCUAUCAAUCAAAAUUACAUC